CAACAGCUAGCUCUGCAAUCUGGCGACAGUCGAGCCUUGGGAGGCGUCUGGUGUUUGUUGUAGCCGAGAAUCGAUCUCACAGCUGAUUGAUUCCUGGAUCUACAUACAGACGAGACUAGACGCAUCCAGAGGCUGGCUUCUUGACAGCGUAGUGUAGCAGCUUAUGUAGCGAGGUUUCAAGUCGGGUCACCUAUGAUCCACGGAGCACGCAUCUUCACGCUUUCAUCGAGUCGUUUCAUUUCAGGAGGUGGUUUGCCAAGACAUGGUGGUCGAUUUGCAAAGAAUUCUCUCUCAAGAUGCGAAGAUGCACCAACCGAUUGGCUAUGACAGACAUUGGACUCCAUUCAAAAAAUAGCUUGUACUAUAUAGACGCAGGCACUCGGCCAUAAUCGAUCAGCUGUUUGGAGCCGUCAGAGAAAGAAUUUAUCUUCAGCCCUGAAGUCUUGAAGGAAGGUCGAUAUGGCUGAUAUAGCUUGUAUGGAUAUGCAAACGAAGCAUAUCACACCAGACAGCUGAUCCAAAGCACGAACGCUUCGAGAAUCUCGUGAGGAUAUAUAGUCAUGGCGCUUGCCUGCCGAGCUCUGGCUUGAAAAGGGAAGCUGAUAGCGACUGGAGUUUCAGUCACAUUGCUGGACAUUGUCCUCGGUGAUAUUUGGAGGUCGACAUAUGGACGUGGUGGUGAAGAAGUGGGUAACGAUAGAAGAGAGAUGCCGGGCCGAGGAUCCCAAAUGGGAUCCCAGGCCCAAGAUGGUCCCCAAGGAGGAGGAGGGGUGCUUCUCUUGCAAGCACCGCCGAAAACUCGCAAGAACUUUGAAGAUGUGGUGUAAGAAAAUAUUUUCAUGUGGGAUGAGAUCUCAUGACAGCGGGACGCAUGCACAGAGACCGCCUUGACACGGAGUCCAGAUUGAAGACAUAAGAUGUUAUCGUUCCCACUCAUGAUCGGUGCAAAACACCUCUGACUUUCAACUUUCGGGGAUCCACAUGAGUUCCUCUAUUCGACGGCAAAACAUCUUCCACGAUCAGAGUAUUUGUUAGGGGGACCUACUUCUGAUGAAAUCGAACUAGCCCUGUACAGAAGCACACAGUUUGCCAAAUGAGUUUGCAAGAGUGAGUCUAUGAGGACAGGAAAUCUAAUCAUGCCGGUCACAUCAUGCAUGCCGUCUUCAGGACGAGGCCGAGGGGCACCAAGUCUGGAGCUUCCACAGGUCAAGUGAGGACUCACAUUUUCUAAAUACUGCAGUGUCGUUAUGCUCAAUGACUGCUGAAAGCCUGCAGUCUCGGAGUAGCGCAAGUCGGAUGAGUAUCUUUCGACCAGGGACACUGUGCUUGGACCCGAACGACGGGAUGGCAUCGAUUGUGACCCUGUUGUGGACAGCUCAAGUAAGCUUAGGACACCUAUCGCAUCAGUUUCACUCCUGGAAUCCAAAGCUCUCGUUCCUACACCUCGAGAUUCUCAUGUCUGCCAUCAUGUACAUAGAUAUGUCGUAAUGUCUUCUGUUAAAGCGUGAUGUUACCACAUAUCAUACUCCGAAGGUCAUUCAGCUCGUUCUUAGUGCCAGCUCUGUUUUUCGGUCAACACUUGCUUAUUCAGAUAUGAAACAGAGUACAUGUACAGAUUACGUGCUGCAGAACUCUUGGCAGUCGAUUGAUUGCAAGUGGGAACGUCAGCUUGUUACUCAUGAAGAUAUAAAUAUAUAUAUUCAAGGUUCUUUGAGUGUGAAUGUCCAAAACAAAUGUCUGAUGCUAAUAAAUUCUGGUUGACAACCAGUUUGAGC